CAAGAUGGCGGAUCAGCGUCUGGUCGUGACAACGUCGAUGUGAGUUAACGGUUAGUUCGAUAAGUAAACGGCGGUGUUUAGCGCUAUUAUUCAUACGCAGUGUUACACUGAAUGCGGUUGUUUCUGCGAAUGUUCAACCGUUGGGAAUGAACGUAACGUAAAGUGACGCCGCGUUGAAGUUGAUCUGUUCGCGGGUUGCCGUGACAACCGUGCUAGCGUCUCAUAUUCCUGCUUCGAUUCGGGUUAAAAAAAAAAGAUCGCGUGUUAGGAUCAAAGACGACGACGUGAAUUCACACCGGACUUACACGCGCACGUUCUCCGAUUUUGUCGUUAACGUUGACGGAAAGUAGUAAAGCUAAAGUUCAUGUUUGCGUUUCGGCUUUGUUGCUCGGCGGCUAACGUUAGCAGCGUAGCAACAGGUCAAUGCUAACAGAACGUCACUCAGGUGGCGAUACACCUGGUUCACUUUAACGCGGUUUUAUACGUUUUUAAUAACAACGGUGAAAGAACCGUGAGCAUCCCGGUAACCCGCUGAUGUUCUAUGGAGAAGACUGAGCGGGAAAAGGACGUGAGUUUACUGAAGAACCAGCCGUACGACGAGAGUCUGGAGGUGGCCGACACCGAGGAGGUGGCGAGCGUCUACAGCCCGAGUCCCCGCAGCUACAGCCAGCCUCAGUCCAGGAGGAUUCGCGGCGGUCGCGGCCUGAUGUCGGCGAACAGCAGCAGCGACGAGUUCGACGAGGACCGCGGGCCUCAGAGGAGCAAGGAGCCAAUCAGCAGGCAGCCCGGAGCCAGUCCCGCCCACGACGACGAGGAGGACGACGAGGAUGAGGAAGACGAGGAGGAAGAGGAGGACGACUCUGAGGAAGAGGACACGGACGAUGACGACGAGCCGGGACAGGCUCCAGAGGGAGCGUACGACCCCGCCGACUACGCCAACCUUCCCGUUAGCACCGAGAUCAAAGAGCUGUUCCAGUACAUCACGCGUUACUCUCCUCAGACCAUGGAGCUGGAACACAGUCUGAAACCGUUCAUUCCAGACUUCAUCCCAGCUGUGGGCGACAUCGACGCUUUCCUCAAAGUGCCGAGGCCGGACGGUAAAGUGGACGGUCUGGGUCUGCUGGUUCUGGACGAGCCCAGUGUGAAACAGUCUGACCCAACGGUGAUGUCACUGUGGCUGUCGGAGGAAACCAAACAACACGGAGCCACAGAGCUGAAGAAAGUGACCAGCGUGGCAAGUCCUCAGUCGAACCCCCGGGCGAUCGACAGCUGGGUGGAGAGCAUCAGCGCACUGCAUCGCUCCAAACCCGCAGCGAGCGUCCAGUACGGCCGCCCGAUGCCGGACAUCGACAGCCUGAUGCAGGAGUGGCCACCGGAGUUGGAGGAGCUGCUGAGCCGCGCUCAGCUGCCGCCCGCUCGCCUCCACUGUGACCUGCAGCGAUACGUCGACGUGGUCUGCUCCCUGCUGGACAUUCCCGUGUACGGCAGCCGCGUGCAGUCGCUGCACCUGCUCUUCACGCUCUACCUGGAGUCCAGAGACUGGCAGCACCUGACGCGCAGGACGCAAACCUGACACCCGGCAUGGGGCGAUACGAUAUGGACGUUUCACUUUGUGUGUAUUAUUGCGAAAAAUGAACCCUUAGAAUGUCAAACAACAACAGAAAGUGUGUGUAAAUACGGGCAGAUGUCAGGUAAAAGCUAAAAAAAAACAUCAACGCGUUAUCAGAAACUUCUUUUGUAAAAUGUUAUACUGUUACAAAAACAUAUUGCGAACUUUACACAAUUGCGAUUUGCAGUGUUUUGGGAGCAGUUUUUUGUCUUAAGUAGCUUGCUAUCGCUAAUAGAAGUUCAAUUCACGAUAUUAUUGCGAUAAUUUACAAAAAAACAGUUGAAGAUGUGUUUUUACUAAUAAAACAGUUUU